GAAGGAAUCUGGAGGUCCAAGAGAAGCAUUAAAAGUGAGAGGAGUAGAGUGCAGAGGCCAAACUGGGUCCUGUCCAUGAGGUUUGAUGCCUCGCUUUAUUGAAGGAAGACACUGGACCUAAAUGGCGCAACAUGACUUUGUUCCUGCCUGGCUUAACUUCUCUACACCACAGUCUGCAAAGGCCCCUGGAUCCACCUUUGAGAAGCACGGAGAGCAUCUUCCUCGGGGAGAGGUUCGCUUUGGAGUAAGCCGAAGACGCCACAACUCUUCAGAUGGCUUUUUUAAUAAUGGCCCCCUCAGAACUGCAGGAGACUGCUGGCAUCAGCCUUCCCUGCACCGCCAUGACUCUGUGGAUUCCGGUGUUUCUAAAGGGACUCACGUCGGGCUAGCUAGCAAUCAGUCUGGCUGGCAUGGCUCUUCACGGGGCCAUGAUGGUAUGAGUCAGAGAGGUGGAGGAGGAACUGGAGCCCAUCGCCACUGGAAUGGCAACUUCCACUCCCGAAAGAGUUCAGCCUUUCAGGAAAAGCCACCUGCUGAGGCCAGGGAGGAGAAGGAAGAGAAGGAGAAACUGCAGUUUGAAGAAGAUGACUUUCCAUCACUGAAUCCAGAAGCUGGAAAACAGAACAGCCAGAGUAAACCACUUGGAACUCCUUCUGGUGUUUGGGAAAACCCUCCUAGUGCCAAGCAACCUACCAAGAUGCUGGUCAUCAAAAAGGUUUCAAAAGAAGAUCCUGCUGCUGCCUUCUCAGCUGCAUUUACGUCACCAGGACCUCAGCUUUCAAAUGGCAACAAAGCAACCACCAUAGUCCCAAGUGUCUACAAAAAUCUGGUUCCCAAACCUGCAGCACCCCCUUCUAAGCCAAGCCAGUGGAAAGCUAACAGAAAUGAACAUAAAUCAACCUCAUUGUCCUCCAGCCGUGAUUCUGCCUUUACCAGUCCAGUGUCUGUAACCAAACCAGCUGUAUUAGCCAGUGGCUCAGUUCUUGCCUCUUCCAAAGAGAGUCCUUCCAGCACCACCCCUCCCAUUGAAAUAAACUCGUCUCGUUUGACAAAGCUGAUGCGCCGCAGCACAGAUAAGAAGAGUGAAUUCUUGAAAGCCCUGAAGGAUGACAGAAAUGGGGAAAUACCAGAGCGCCAUGACAGCAACAAACUAGAAGAUGUUGAAAGUGGCCACACGCCAGAACCAAAGGAAAACUGGGAAGAGAACUGCCAUCAGAAUGGGCUUUCUCUCCCUUUAGAAGAAGGGGAGAACCUUUCGCACUCAUUAGAAGCAGAACACAGGUUAUUGAAAGCAAUGGGAUGGCAGGAAUAUCCUGAAAAUGAUGAGAAUUGCCUUCCUCUCACAGAAGACGAGCUCAGAGAGUUCCAAAUAAAGUCAGAGCAGCUAAGAAGAAAUGGCUUUAGGAAGAAUGGAUUUCUUCAAGGCCGUGGCAGCAGUCAAUUGUUCUCCCACUGGAGAAGCACUUUUAAGACAGAGUUUGAAGAGUCAGACACAGAAACCAGUAGCAGUGAAACUUCAGAUGACGAUGCCUGAAAUGGGCACAGAAAAUUACACAGUACAAAACCAACCCAGCAAACUCAGUUUGUAGUUCAGCACAUAAAUGUUUGAGGUUCUAAUGAAGCAGAGUUUAUUCUGUCUCAAGUCUGUUCAAUUUCUUUUUAUUGUUGAAAACUACAUGCACAAGGAAAAUAAUUAUAUCCCAAAGAAGAAAGCUAUCGGCUUAUUACUUUUUGGUUUUGCCCUUCUGUGCUUCACGGAGAACAGUCCACAUAGAUGGGUGACCCAAGGCCUUCGGGGGCAAGGCACAGGUGUUCAGUCUUGUCAGCAGCAGGAUGUCAGGGACUGAGUUGGGCAGCCACAAGCUUCUCAUACUGCCGUCCACAUCGCAAAAUGCUGUGCGGCAAUAAUGUGCUAAAACAAUCAUUGUCAAUGACAAAAUGGCUAUGGAAGUUCUAAUUGUGUUAAAUUAAUGCUAAUAACAUGGAACUUUUUUAUUUUAUUUUUUGGCGGCUCGGGGAGCUUCAUCACUUAACUAGGCGUGUUUGGUUUUUUUCUCUUUUGGGGUACAGCUGUAAAAUAUUUGGAUAUAGGAAUUGUUUGUGUUCUUGCAACCUUGAUAUUCAGGGUGGAUUGUAAAAUAUAAAUUUUUGUGGGAUUUCAAAGAUUAAGAUUAUUUUGAUAACAUUAUUUACAGAUUUAAAAAAGUGAUUAUCACAUUGAGUCUGUAUGAGGGGGAAAAACUACUGCAUCAAAAGAUAACUAACUUGGAAUAAAUAUUUUGCAUCAGUUUGCCAA